CUGUUGGAAACUCACGUUUUAGAGAGCAACUGCCAAAAUAUAAAAAAAAACAGGAUAAUAACUGUUCUUAUGAUGCUGUACCACUCCAUCUCUUCUAGAGGGCAGAAGUCCUCCAGGUGUGCCUUAGUUAAAGCAAACGAAGAAGAAGAAUGCGGAAAAACAACACUUAUGUGCUCACUGGGCAAAAAGACACAUUUGCUUUUAAAAGUAUUCUGACAAACUCAAUAAAUUAGACCGUCACGUUCCUCGCUAACAUGUUCAGCCUGGAGACUUUUGAGAGUCAGUUAUCGGCUCUAAUGGGGAGUGUGGUGGGCGUAGCGGUGACGGAGCUCAGCAGACUUUUGGCUAACGCUAACGCUAAUGCUAACGCUAACUCUAACGCCAACGCUAAUGCUAACGCCAACGCUAACGCUAAUGCUAACGGUAACGCUAAUGCUAAUGCUAACGCUAACGCUAACGCCAACGCCGCUCAGGAGCGCUGUGCUGCGGCUCCAGGAACGGCUCUGAAGAGCGAAGACGAAGAAAGCGAAGUGACCCCACCGGAGGAAAUACACCUGUGUAAUGAAGCCAUAACGAAGCAGUUUGCAGUCCUCAUGGAAUCAUGGACCAAAGGUGCGGUAGAGAAAAUACUGAUGAUGUUGAAAGUGUCCCUGUGUGACACUGAGGAGGGUCCCGCUGCAGAGCAGAGGGCCGGGCUGAAUGACAAGACGGGACAGACGAGCACGAAGCCGAAAGCAGGGCAAGCGGCCGGCUCCACAAAGCCUCAGCCAGAAUCAGCACCCAGAAGCCCUUGUGGGAAAAGAAAGAAAAUGGAGGGAGGGCCUCAAACAGCAAUAACAAAGAAGAAUGACCACAUAUAUCACCGAGUUGUUUCAGCCACACAUGAGAGGAACUCUGGGUCCCGGUCUGAACCUGAACCCAUGCUAACAGAGGCCUCAGCUGCCACCUCAGAGCUGGCCUCCGAUGUAAGUGCGGGAGAUGGCGCCCGUGACCGCACCGACACUUCAACUACCGCAUCCAAAGUGAAAAAGAAGAAGACCGCAGGGCUGUUGAAAUGUCCUUCCUGUGACAAAUCAUUUGCUCUGAAGUGUAUGAUGGACAGACACCACCUGACUCACUCCAAACCUCACCUCUGCCCCGAGUGUGGGAAACGUUUCGCCAGACAACGGCAGCUCAUCGCGCAUUCAAGACGUCACACCGGAGAGAAGCCCUUCAAAUGCUCCGAGUGUGGGACCGAGUUUGCUCACAAGUCGACCUUCGUCAGACACAUGCGUCAGCACGGCCUGAAGAAACCGAGCACCCACGCGUGCGCGCUGUGUGACACCCAGUUCACCGGGGUGUUGGCCCUUCAGCGGCACAGAUGCUGUGCCUUGAAGAAGACGUUUGUCUGCUCGCUCUGCCCGGAGACCUUCGAGUGCCGACAGAGUUUGGCCGAUCACGAGAAUCUCCAUCCGGGAGACCGAGAUUUUAUCUGCGAAAUGUGCGGCGAGACUUUCUUCUCGUCCUCGUCCUUGGCCACCCACCGGGUGACGCACACGCAGAAGGAAAGCUGCUGCGACGUGCUCGGCCUCGGGUGCAGCGACCUGAGCGUCCUCAAAAAUCACCUGAGCAAACACAGCGGGCAAAAGCUCUUCUCCUGCGAGGUUUGCGGUAAAGGUUGCAGUCACAAGAGUGCUCUGCAGCACCACAUGCUGACCCACACGGGGGAGAAGCUGUACGUGUGCGAGACCUGCGGCAAACGCUGCGGCCACGCCAGCGCGCUCCAAAACCACAUGAGGAUCCACACGGGCAAGAAACCGGGGCAGCAGCCGGCCUGCGAUGUGUGCUGCAAAACAUUCCGCAGCUCAGUCAAUCUCAAAUAUCACAUGAGCAUCCACACGGGGGAGAAGCCCUACGUCUGCGACCAGUGCGAUAAGAGGUUCAGCAACCCCAGCAAUCUCAAGUUACACACGCGGAUUCACUCCGGGGAGAAAAGCUACGGCUGCAACAUCUGCGGCAGACGGUUCACUCAGUCCGGCAGCCUCAAGCUGCACCGACGGGUCCACACGGGAGAAAAGCCAUAUUGGUGCGUGGUCUGCGGGAAAGGAUUCAUCCACAGAGGCGACUUCAAGAAACAUCAGAGGGGUCACCUGCCCGAUGAGCCACGAGAUUCAGCACACUCGGAAAAAACACCAUCGCUGUAGCACUUCAUGUAUCCCUCUGAGGACGAAAGACGCACCGGCACGUCCCAACCAUGUUCGACAAAACCUCCAUUACAAAAUUUUAUUUCAGCCAUUUAUUUACUAUUUUAAUCAUACUCAUAUAACUCAUUUCGAGCACCGAAAACUAUUCGCACAACACGCAAUGAGUUAAGGUUGGUUGUCAAUAGAGAUUUGCGGACUUUCAAAAAGACAACAAUCAACGUUUCAUCUUUAGCGCCAAAUUACAGUAUCUCUUUACACAAUGCUCUAGAGAAAAUGUGGGCGUCACUGCACAGAAGGCUGAGUUUGUUCUGAACAUUUUGAUAUGAAACACAUGGGAAUCAGUUUUAUGCAAACACCUUA